UGUAACGUAUUUCUAUUUAAAAUAAUAAUAAUGACUAUAUGAGUCUCCCAAACGGGCCUCGGGUGACCUUGAAGGGUGUGAAAUCCUUCCGAUGUGCUGCACUUUAAUUCCUUAAACGAAUCUUAACGACGGAGCUGUUGGUGUAAAAUAUGGCGCCUCGUUAGAGCCACUUGACAGUGUUGCGUCUUUUUGGUGGAAGGUGCACGGUGACCGCGGGUGAGCGCAUUAAGGGGGCGGAGGAGGGGUUUAGUUCUCCUCCAGCCAAUCAGAUCAGCGGGACGAGCAUUAAGUGUCACGCCGAACUUGUGAUUCCCACUCGGGGUCCCGUCUCAACUUCCGCGCGGUACUCUCUCGCCUCCAAGAUGGAGAAGUCGAAAAACUUCCGCAUCGACGCACUGUUGGCGGCGGACACCCCGAAAGUGCAGACUUCCCCUCUGGCCCUCGUCACGACGCCAGGAAGCGGCGGAGGGGGAGCGGGAACCGGAACCGGUGCCGCCGGUACCGCCAACGCCGCCUCGGAGCUCAGCAACCCCGUGGAGUCUCUCCGCGCGGAGACGCCGUCUCCUCCGCGGCUCUCCGCCCACGGCCUCAUCCCGAAACCGAGCUUCCUGAGCGGGCCUCACGGGGUAAUGGGGCUCCAUCCCCAGAACAGCGGCGGAGGGAUGCCCGCGCAGGCGCUCUACGGCCACCCCAUGUACGCGUAUUCGGCGGCCGCGCUCACCGCCCAGCACCCGGCCUUGUCCUACACAUCGUACCCGCACGGUUCCCAUCACGGCCACCACCAGCACCAGCACCACCACGCAGGGGGGGAUCCCAUCAAGCUGACGGCCAGCACCUUCCAGCUGGACCACUGGCUGCGGGUAUCCACCGCCGGGAUGAUGCUGCCCAAAAUGGCAGACUUUAACUCUCAGGCGCAGUCCAACCUGCUGGGCAAGUGCAGGCGGCCCAGGACGGCGUUCACCAGCCAGCAGCUGCUGGAGCUGGAGCACCAGUUCAAACUCAACAAGUACCUGUCUCGACCCAAACGCUUCGAGGUGGCCACCUCUCUCAUGCUCACCGAAACGCAGGUGAAAAUCUGGUUCCAGAAUCGGCGCAUGAAGUGGAAGCGGAGCAAGAAGGCCAAGGAACAAGCGGCACAGGAGGCCGAGAAACAGAAGGGCAGCAAGGGUGGGCAAGGCGGUGACAAAGCCGAGCAAGACGGCGACGGGUCGGACUACGAGGGCGGCAAGACGACGACGAGCAAAAACGGCAGGAUACGAGACUUGAAGGACAGCGACGACGAGUGCGACCGCUUCCUCUACAACUCCUCGGACUGUUCGUCGGAUGACGAGCGCAAUCGAACCUGCGACGUCAGCCCGCGGUCUUGAAGGGACAUGGAGGAAGACUUUGCAUGCAAAGCCUUUUUAUCGUUGACAUUUUUACGAAAAAAAAAAGAUAUAUGAUGACAAAAAUAGGUCAAACAUAAGCAAUCUAUCACUAUACGUCGCCAACACAUCAUCAGACAGCAACAUCGUGAUAUCAGCGAAGUGGGGAAAAAGUGCGCAGAAGACUAAAUGCAUUUUAUUUCAUUGCAUUGCCUUUAACACGAUACUAUAGGCAAAAAUGUGAUUAUGAACAAUAAAUAUCUACGUAAUUAGACAUUAUCUAACUUAAUCGGUGGAAUAAGUCAACUCUACUAUAGAUAUUUGGAUUUCUGACCAAUGUAUCGAUAUCUGGCAUAUCCGGAUACACACAAUAUUCGUCUCACUAAAAAAACGGAGCAUUUUUACUUUAUUGCAGCACCAAAAAAAAAAUGGUAAGACAACAAAAAUAUGUCCAACAAGUAGUUCUAACAGCCUCAAAUGAUGCAAGCAAGAUAAUGAUAGAGUCUGUGAUUACGCGAUACGUUACGAUAUCACAAUAGUAUCGGCAAUCAGGCGAACGAUACGAUACAUUGCGAUAUCGAUGUAAAUGAAGAAGGGAAAACCAAUGAAGUCCAUGUGACACAUAAGAGAAACAUCUUCUUUCAUGACAUCAUGAACCCCGCCCCCC